GGGUCCGGCGGCCACGGCUGCAGGUGCCGCCGAGAAGGAGGCGAGUCAGGAGAGCAGCCUGGGCGCCUAUUCGCCCGUGGAUUAUAUGAGCAUCACCAGCUUCCCCCGCUUGCCCGAAGAGGAGACGGGCAACGCCAUCGCCCCCGAGAGCUGCCUGCGCUCCCGGAAAGAGGAGGAUGCGUUCCUGGGCGAGCAGGACACCGAUCCAGAUUCGUUCCUUAAGUCAGCUCGCCUUCAGCGCCUGCCUUCUUCUUCAUCAGAAAUGGGCAGCCAGGAUGUCUCACCACUUCGGGAGACCAGUAAGGACCCAUUCUCUGGGGACUGCAGCUGUCGCCAGGAUGGUCUUACUGUGAUCAUCACUGCCUGCCUAACGUUUGCUACAGGAGUCACGGUGGCCUUAAUCAUGCAAAUCUACUUUGGGGAUCCCCAGAUAUUCCAUCAGGGUGCUGUAGUCACUGAUGCUGCUCGCUGCACUGCAUUGGGGAUUGAGGUACUGAACAAGCAAGGCUCCUCAGUGGAUGCAGCCAUUGCCUCCGCCUUAUGCUCAGGAAUUAUCAACCCUCACACAGCCGGCAUUGGCGGUGGAGGGGUAAUGCUGGUUCAUGACAUCAGGAAGAAUGAAAGCCAGGUUGUUGAUUUCCGAGAGACAGCCCCCUUCAACAUCCAAGAAGAGGGAUUUAGCAAGUUUUGGGAAACUAAGCCGGGUCUCCUGGUAGGUGUUCCAGGCAUGAUCAAAGGACUCCAUGAAGCACAUCAGUCUUAUGGGAGGCUGCCAUGGAGACAGUUGUUGGGCCUUGUUGCAGACAUAGCUCAAGAUGGAUUCAAUGUCACACAUGAUUUAGCAAUGGCUAUCAAAGAAAUGAAGGAAUACUACAAUCAUUCAGAGAAAUUCAGAGAAAUCUUCUUUCCUGAUGGGCAACCUUUGUUGCCAGGAAUGUUUGUGAGAAGACCAGAUCUGGCAGUUCUUUUAGAUUUGAUUGGGUCAAGAGGAGUCUCAGCUUUUUACAGUGGAAAUGUGACACAGGAAAUUAUUUCAGAGGUCCUUAAAUCUGGAGGUACCUUGUCUGAAGAAGACUUUAGCAACUAUACUGUGUUGGUGGAAAAUCCAGUCCAUACAAUAUAUCAAGGACAUCUUGUUCUCAGUCCACCACCUCCACAUACAGGUCCUGCUCUGAUCACAGCUCUAAACAUCCUUGAGGGUUUUAAUAUUACCAGUCAAGUAGGCAGGGAAAUUAUUCUGCAUUGGAUAACAGAGACCUUAAAAGUUGUAUUGGCAUUAGCUAGCAGUUUGGGAGAUCCUUCCUAUGAUGCUUCCAUUUCUGAUAGUGUGGAAGAUAUGAUGAGCAAAUCUAAAGCAAAUUUCCUGCAUCAGCAGAUUGAGUCCCAAGCUUUCCCCUCUGAUCUUCACAUUCCACAUUUCUCUAUUGAAAGUGGUCCCUCUGCUAGCCAAGUCCUUGUCAUGGGACCUGAUGAUUACAUUGUUGCUGUUGUAAGUUCCUUGAAUCGACCAUUUGGAAGUGGAAUAAUGACUUCUUCAGGAAUCCUUCUAAACAGCCAGAUGUUGGAUUUUUCUUGGAUGAAUGAAACAGAGGACCAUUCCUCUUCCAGCUUGAGGAAUUUUAUUCAGCCAGGAAAAAGGCCAUUAUCUUUCUUACUACCCACUAUUGUUCGGCCAUCAGAAGGGAUGUGUGGGACUUACCUCUGCCUGGGAGCCAGUGGUGGAGAUAAAGCUUUAAGCAGCAUCAUGCAGAUUUUAAUAAAUGUUUUAGCAUAUAACAAAAAUCUAAGUGAGAGUCUAUCACUUGGGCGGCUUCACCCUCAGCUACAAUCAAAUAUUCUAGAAGUUGACAGUGAGUUUCCAGAGGAAGAUAUCAGCUAUUUUACAACCAGGGGUGAACAUGUAAAUAAAGUUGAGGUCCUCUCUAUAGUUCAUGGAGCCAGAAGAACAAACAAUUUCAUAAUUGGUGUGAAAGACCCAAGAAGCGUGGAUGCAGCAGGAGCAACAAUAUUAUAGCAACUCUCCGAUGAGUUUGUUAAAAAAAAAAAAAGGCUUUUUUUUCAAAAUACAUUAUGCAUGUUUCCAAACAGUUCCUUUAUCAUUCCCCAUAAUGUGGAACAAGUGGUGUUUUUAUGGGUUUCUACAUUGCUAAAUAGACCUCUCUGCAAUUCUGUACUAAAACAAUGAAGCAAUGAAGCUUGAUCAAGGUACAGCACAGCCAUUAGAAUUUUUGUUCAUUAUGAUUUUGAGUUAUAAAAAUCUCAGGCAUUGUUAUAAUAGGAGCACAGGGAAUAAGUUUAAUUUUAAUAGCUAGUCCAACUAUUUGGUGCACCACAGUGAGAUAAUUCUAAAUUGAGCACAGGGAAUAUUUAAGAAACAAACAACUGGAUACUGAAAAUGUACCAUUUUGACAGUGUCAGUGUAAGAUUCACUGUUCAAGGAAUACUUCUAUUUUCACCCAAGUUCUUAAUACAAAACCCAACAACCCAAACACAGUUCCAUGAGUUUGAAUUUGCAUGGAAAAUACAUACCUAGGGAAGAUGCCUAUUGGCUGAUAUUGAUAGCGAUUCAUAAAUUCCCUCAUGUUCAAUCUCUGGAACGGUUUUGCAGUUUGUAAGAAUGUUUUAUUGGUGGUUUUCCUUCCAUGGAUAAACACAUACUAAAAUAAAGAUGUGUGUGCUUUUUUUUCUUUUAAGGUAGAUUGUCUGCCUAACUUCUUAGGGUAAAUCAGGUUGCUUAAUCCAGUAUCUGACUUCCUGCUACGUACAGCUGAUUUCAGGAUAAGCUGGGUUUACACAUACCAUUCAAGUGUGCUUGUUAAUUGUACUUCUCUGUUCACCAACAAUGAAAGGAAAUGGUACUUUGACAGUGCAGAGUGCCUUCAUGUCAGUAUCUUGAGGAUCAAGCAGAAAAAGUUUUGUGAUAACAUAUUUAUCUCUGGUGCUUUAGUGAUCUCCCUCCUUUCUCAGUUAGUAUACAUGAAUGGAAAAUAAGAUGGCUGAGGAUUCUCAAAUCUUCCCUGUGAGUCAAGUGAUUUGUACCAGCCUACAUGUUUAAUUGUAACUGCUGUUACUCAUAUCUUAAGUAAUAUUAACUUUUAUCAUCCUCUUUUUGUCUCUCUGCCCUAAGGAGAGAAGGCAGUUUCCCAUAAUCCUCUUGGUGGUAUCAACUCAAUGGUACAUUGCUGGUGACUUCAACAAAUUGAAGGUGUCAUUUCAAGUGUUUUGACACAAUAUGUAAUGUCAUUCAAUUCUGGAUCUGAGUUAUGAAUUAAGCUAUUUCUAUCCUGGAGAAAAUCAGACCUUGUUGGUCUCUACUGUUGCUCUCUGGAUUGUUUUCAUCUCUAGUGAAAUAGUUUUGUGUGCAGAAAGAACUCAUGCAGAUCUUGCACUGAAUAGUUUAAUUGUAGCCUUGUGGUUAGUCUGCUUCUCAGUAGCCCUACAGGUCCAUUUCAGCGUGUUUUGUAUUUAUUGGGCACUACCAAAAAGAAGCCCAAAAUAGCAGCAAAAAGGCUGUCCCUUCCCAUUUAAAUGCUAUGAUUUUGCACUGUAAUCUUCAAAUCAUUCUCAUUAAAAAAAAAA